UAUUCGUUUACGUCUAGCACAUAGUACACACUGAAAGAUAUUCAUUAAACGACAAAGAUGGCGUACCGCGGUGUUAAAGGUUCCGAUCCGUUUGUAUCAAAAACUUCGAGAAAUGAACGUUUUGCGCAAAUGUCGAAACAAGAACAGAUUAUACAACAAAAGAAAUUGGAAAUCCAAGCUAAGUUGCAAGAACAAAAAGCAAAGGAAGCCGUGGAAAAUGUCAAAAAAUCUAAUUCGCUUGGCCUAACUUCGACAGCUAACAAAGCUACCACAUCCAAGAAGGAGGACGAGAAGUCAUCUACGUCUGUGACAGUUAAUUUGUUUGCCAAUGAUGGUAGCUUUCUUGAUCAAUUUAAAAAAAUUGCUAACAAUAAAGGAACUGGAAAACAAGCAGAAUCUAGCCAAUCGAAAAGUGAAGAUAAGAGGGAAGAAAAAGUAGAAGAAAGAAAUUAUGAUAAUAGAGAAAAAGAACGUGAUAGAAAGUGGAGUAACGAAAAGAACAGAGAUUGGGAAAGCAAAAGAGACAGAAGAAGAAACGACUCCAGAUGGGGAAGAAGUUCUGACAGAAGACACAGUUCAUCGUCUAGUCCAUCUCCUACCAGGCAUAGAUCUUCUUUAAGUCCUGAUCCCCGAUCAAUGUACAAUCAACCUCCUCCGAAUGGACCACGACCACAUUUUAAUCAACAACAAUAUCCUCCUCAAAGUAACACUCAAAGUUCAUCUAUACCUCCUCUGAUGUCUCAACCUGUGAUGCAAAUGACAAACAUUCCUCCACCUAACAUGAGGGCUAUGGCAACGAAUAUUCCACCUCCUAACAUCCCUAGAAUGCCCCCGCCAAAAAGUGUUAACAAUAAUUAUUCCAAUGUGGAUAAUCAUUCUAAUAAUCCUAGAAUGCAGAUUCCACCACCGCAUAUUAUAAGGCCUCCACCACCGCCUAUACAAAAUAUUCCGCCAAACACCAACGUACCUCCACCGAAUAUGCAAGUUCCACAGAAUAUGCCUAUGACCAGCAUACAAAACUUGCCACCGUCGUCUACUUCACAACAACAUAUUAUUCCUCCUCCACAGCAAUGCAAUAUACCACCACCUACUAAUUUACAACCUCCAAAUAUUCCUCCACCUAACAUCCCGCCACCUAACAUGUUACCUCCAAUGUCCCAGAUGCCUCCAAAUAUGAUGCCUAUUACUUCCUCUCAAACAAUUGUUGUAACAGUACCUAGUGUACCAAAUGUACCUCCUCCUAAUGUGAUAUCUUCAAUGAUAAUGUCUGCGCCUCCUCCAGUUCAUACUGUUCCAUCUACUAUUAAUUCUGUACCACCUCCAAACUUGAAUAUUCCACCUCCAAAUGUUCCACCACCUACGAUAAUACAGAAUGCACCACCACCGCCACCACCUCACUUGAUUCCAACUUCCUAUCCGAUACCUAAUCAAGUACCAAUCACAGUGGGACCACCUAAUGUUCAAAUUCCACCACCUGUGAGGCCACCAGCUAAUCUACAGAGCAACAACGAACAACUAGUUUGUCCCAUAGAAGCUGAGCAACUGGCACGCAUAGUCGCUGAUUGUGGAGACGAAAUAGAGCAAGAAGUACGAGAGAAGAAUGCCCAAGACCCUAAAUUAUGGUUUCUGCAUCAAAAGCAAAGUGCAGCGUAUCUGCAGUACAGGGGAUUGGUGGCUAAGUUUCGUGCUGGAAAAACAGAUAAAGACGCUAAGAGUAGUGGAGCGGAGCCUUAUUGUCCAGAAGAAGCUCUUAGCGACAAUGAUGAAACAGAUAAAAAUCAGAAACAUAGUUCUCAAAAUGAACGACCGAAAGAGGAAAAUAGAGAGGAACGUAAAAGGAAAAGGAGAAGUCGUUGGAGUGAACCGGAUAAUAAGAUUCCUAUUGCAGAUAUAAAUGCAAUAACCACUCAGAGAACUCGACCUAGUAUUGCGCAACCUGGAGUAGCUAUACCAGGUCAAAUUGGCCAACCAGCUGUAAUUAUACCGCCGAAAAUACAGCACAAUAAACCAAAGAAUCCAAUGCUUACCAAGAUAUCCAGAAAUGAUCCUGCAUUGAUGCAAUAUGCGAGGCAAACCUUUGGUACAUUGGAUCUUAGCGAAGAACAAUGGAAAAAAGCUGAGGACCAUUUCAAGAUUAAUCUUUUAUACCAAAAUUUAUUAAGGAAAAGAGAAGAAGUGAAACGAUUAGAAGCUCAGGGUAAACACAAGUAUGAGUAUGAUAGCGACGAAGAAACUGAAGGUGGUACUUGGGAACAUAAGUUAAGAUCCGCCGAGAUGGAAGCUACACAAAUGUGGGCCGAAGAGUUAACUGCGCAAGCUGAAGGAAAACAUCAUAUCGGUGACUUUUUACCUCCGGAUGAAUUAAAAAAGUUUAUGGAACAAUACAAUGCCGUUAAGCAAGGCAAAGAACCAGAUCUUAGCGAUUACAAAGAAUACAAAUUAAAAGAGGAUAAUAUUGGGUUUCAAAUGCUUCAGAAGCUUGGCUGGAGUGAAGGUCAAGGUUUAGGUAGUGAAGGCAGUGGUCGAAUCGAGCCUGUUAAUAAAGCUACUAAUAGACUUGACAGCGCUGGUUUAGGAUCUGAAAGACCGGAUGGUGUUUCAAGAGAUGACGACGAAUUUGAUGCAUAUAGAAAAAGAAUGAUGCUUGCUUACAGAUUUAGGCCUAAUCCUUUAAACAAUCCUAGAAGACCUUAUUAUUAAAUAAUAAGUAAAGAUGGAAUGGACUGUAUUUCUAUAAAAGCCUCAGACGAGAAAAGUCUUUUUUAAUUUAAUAUAGAAAAAAAAAAAUCAUUGUUAUUUUGUAUAUCUACAAUGGCGUGAUAUAUAAAAUAUUAGGUGUAGCAAUGAAUUUGGUGCCAUUUUAAGAUAUUAAACGUUUAUUUACAAAGUAAUCGUACGUCUGUUAUUCUUUGUGUAAUAGUAUUCAUUAUUUUCAUUUAUUUUACUUCAUUUUUCAGACAACUGUCGAAUUCUUUGAAAAAUACAAGAUAUCGAUUUUAAUGUUUUUUAAUUUAAUAUCAAGGCACCGAAUUAAUUCUUACAUCUAAUAAUCAAAAAUAUUAUAGAUGGUAAACAUUAUUAUUAAAUUCAAAUAAGAUAUUGCGUCGUUAAAUAAAAUAUAUAAAAGAA